GGGGACGGGCCUGGCAGUUGUGAACUCGAACCUGCCGCUGUCGCCGCGGCGGGGCGGGGAGCGAGAGUGGGCCGCGGAGGCCGGCCUUCGGGCUCCAUGGACCGGCGCCGCGCCCCUGCACAGCCCGCCGCAGAGGUAAGGCUGGCCUCUCUGCAGUCAGAGGUCUGAGCUCUGCCAUGGGGAUAGGGGUGUCUUUAUUACUGCAGUUUUCUCUAACACCUGGGGGCUACCGGAGUGUGGGCCGAAGCAGGCGCUGCAGCCGCGGAAGUAUCCCCAGGAACAUCCCCAAGAGGAGCUGGAAAAAGCCUCAUCCCCAGCUCUGCAGUCUCCAGGGGAGCUCAGUGUCUGUUUGUCCAGCUUCUCAGAGUUGCUGUGCAGCUCGGAUGUGGCAUAGGAAACAGCAGACACAGGGAGAGGGCAGCAUAAGGCACUGUAGGGAGCAGUGGCCACAUUUUCUGCAGAGGAAGAACCGAUGCUGGAACGUCGUUGCAGGGGCCCCCUGGCCAUGGGCCCGGCCCAGGCCCGACUCCUUUCUGGGCCCUCCCAGGAGUCACCCCAGACCCUGGGGAAGGAGUCCCGCGGGCUGAGGCAACAAGGCACGUCAGUGGCCCAGUCUGGUGCCCAAGCCCCAGGCAGGGCCCAUCGCUGUGCCCACUGUCGAAGGCACUUCCCUGGCUGGGUGGCUCUGUGGCUUCACACCCGCCGGUGCCAGGCCCGGCUGCCCUUGCCCUGCCCUGAGUGUGGCCGUUGCUUUCGCCAUGCCCCCUUCUUAGCACUGCACCGCCAGGUCCAUGCUGCUGCCACCCCAGACCUGGGCUUUGCCUGCCACCUCUGUGGGCAGAGCUUCCGAGGCUGGGUGGCCCUGGUUCUGCAUCUGCGGGCCCAUUCAGCUGCAAAGCGGCCCAUCGCUUGUCCCAAAUGCGAGAGACGCUUCUGGCGACGAAAGCAGCUUCGAGCUCAUCUGCGGCGGUGCCACCCUCCCGCCCCGGAGGCCCGGCCCUUCAUAUGCGGCAACUGUGGCCGGAGCUUUGCCCAGUGGGACCAGCUAGUUGCCCACAAGCGGGUGCACGUAGCCGAGGCCCUGGAGGAGGCCGCAGCCAAGGCUCUGGGGCCCCGGCCCAGGGGCCGCCCCGCGGUGACCGCCCCCCGGCCCGGUGGAGAUGCCGUCGACCGCCCCUUCCAGUGUGCCUGUUGUGGCAAGCGCUUCCGGCACAAGCCCAACUUGAUCGCUCACCGCCGCGUGCACACGGGCGAGCGGCCCCACCAGUGCCCCGAGUGCGGGAAGCGCUUUACCAAUAAGCCCUAUCUGACUUCGCACCGGCGCAUCCACACCGGCGAGAAGCCCUACCCGUGCAAAGAGUGCGGCCGCCGCUUCCGGCACAAACCCAACCUGCUGUCUCACAGCAAGAUUCACAAGCGAUCCGAGGGGUCGGCCCAGGCCGCCCCCGGCCCGGGGAGCCCCCAGCUGCCAGCCGGUCCCCAGGAGUCCGCGGCCGAGCCCACCCCGGUGGUACCUCUGAAACCGGCCCAGGAGCCGCCGCCAGGGGCCCCGCCAGAGCACCCGCAGGACCCGAUCGAAGCGCCCCCCUCCCUCUACAGCUGCGACGACUGCGGCAGGAGCUUCCGGCUGGAGCGCUUCCUGCGGGCCCACCAGCGGCAGCACACCGGGGAGCGGCCCUUCACCUGCGCCGAGUGCGGGAAGAACUUCGGCAAGAAGACGCAUCUGGUGGCGCACUCGCGCGUGCACUCCGGCGAGCGGCCCUUCGCCUGCGAGGAGUGCGGCCGCCGCUUCUCCCAGGGCAGCCAUCUGGCGGCGCACCGGCGCGACCACGCCCCCGAUCGGCCCUUCGUGUGUCCCGACUGCGGCAAGGCCUUCCGCCACAAACCCUACCUGGCGGCGCACCGGCGCAUCCACACCGGCGAGAAGCCCUACGUCUGCCCCGACUGCGGCAAAGCCUUCAGCCAGAAGUCCAACCUGGUGUCGCACCGGCGCAUCCACACGGGCGAGCGGCCCUACGCCUGUCCCGACUGCGACCGCAGCUUCAGCCAGAAGUCCAACCUCAUCACCCACCGCAAGAGCCACAUCCGGGACGGCGCCUUCUGCUGUGCCAUCUGUGGCCAGACCUUCGACGACGAGGAGAGACUCCUGGCCCACCAGAAGAAGCACGAUGUCUGAGACGGUGGGCGGGGCCGUGUUGGCUGAGAGAGGGCUGGGGUCCUUCGUGGUGGGAGUCGCAGUGGGCUGGGGGUGCCUGCCUAGUGCUGGAGUAGGGGACAAUGGGAAUCCUAGAGGGGAUGGAAGACGCGGGGAGUGAGCUGGGUGGGCCCUGCUAGCGAGAGAGGUCAACCCCGGUGGCCAGGGAACCCACUUCCAAGCGCAGGGACGCCGGCCUCCAGCUGGUGUGUGCUAAGGCUCCGUCCUGACUGCCCUGUGCCCUGGAAAAGUAGCAAUAGCAUCCGCCCCUUAGAGCCCUCUGGCUAGAGGAGCCACCAGUGGAAAGGAAGACCCUCCAUCCUCUGGUAUUAACGCCUUAAUGCCCCUGUCUUUUACUGUAAGUUACUUAAGAUCAUUUUUGGAAGCAGGCGUGGUAGAGUCCUGUAAAUGAAUGCUCUGGGCUAGAUACAGCUUGGAGAACCUGCUGGCCUUGUUAGACAGCACUUGGGCCUUUGCCAGCAGCAAGAGGUGAAGCGAAGCCACUCUUACCUCUCCCUUCCCCUCCCACCUGCCCCCUGCGUAGGCACCCAGACUUGGAGAGACCCAUCUGCUGUUAGUACUUUCAUCCUCUUCCUUCCCAAAGAGCAGACCCCAAGGCAUUUACUCCUUGGUCUGUCUCGCUUUAUCUGUCGCCCCUCCCAGCGCUGAGAGCCUCCCCUGGCUGUCAGCAGCACUGUGUCCAGGCUCUUGUCUGAACACCGCAGCCCCUCCUUCGCUCCUUCCAGAGCUCAGCAUGUCACGGCAAGGACUGCCGCAUUGGUGGUGGAGGGCCAGCUGAGGGGAAGUUGCUGGUGAGUUUCCUUUUCUCCAUUUCUAGCAUAUGGACACCUGGCCUCUGCUUGAGCACUUAGGUGACAGGAACUUCCGCACCUCCUGGGGCCCUGGAUGAUUCUAAUUGUUAGAAAUUCUAAUUGUUAGAAAUCCUUCCUUAUAAUGAAUGAAUUCUGCUUUCCUAUAAUUUCUACCUAUUGGGCCUUGUUCUGUUCUCUGGAACUAAACAGAACAACCAUUUACCCCUCCUUUUCAAACUAGAGAAUAAAGAUUUGGUUUUAGAA